AUGUCUCAAGGUCUUGUCGACAAUGCCCGGGAGUUUGGCUUCCCAGCCGCAGGCGAUUCAGGUGCCCAGUAUUUCGAUACGUCCGAAGAAAAGAUGCGCAACAUCAAACGACAAUUGGACUCACGCAACGAUCGAGAGAAGCUCGAUGGGUUAAAACGGCUCAUUGCGAACGUUGUUUCGCAAAACAUUGAAGUACGCAAGCUCGUGUAUAUCUAUCUGCUGCGAUAUGCAGAGCAGGAACCCGAUUUGGCGCUUUUGUCGAUCAACUCGUUUCAAAAGGAUUUGAGCGACAAGAACCAGAUAAUUCGAGCCAUGGCCCUUCGUGUCAUGAGUGGUAUUCGGGUACCCGUGAUCAGUCCUAUCGUCUUGUUGGGCAUCAAAAAGUGCUCAACCGAUUCAAGUGCCUAUGUGCGCAAGGCUGCGGCGCAUGCUAUUCCGAAAUGCUACAGUCUGGAUGCGUCGCAAAAGGAUGCCAUUAUUGAAAUUAUUGCGUCAUUAUUGAAGGAUCGGUCGACAAUUACUAUCGGUAGCACUAUCAUGGCGUUCAACGAAGUGUGUCCCAACCGUUUCGAUUUGAUCCAUCCGUGCUUUCGAAAGCUAUGUGGUUUACUAGCGGAUUGUGACGAGUGGGGUCAAAUGGCAAUUCUGGGUGUUAUGUUACGUUAUGGCCGCUCACAGUUUUUAAAUCCCAAUCCUCAUGCAAGUGAUCAAUUGCGUGAACCACCCAAGACACUUGCAGUUGUAAAGCAUGACGAUCGUCAUUUUUACACGGACUCUGAAUCGGAAGACAGCGUUGCUGAAAACGGGACGGAAGCGGAUGAUGUCGUUCAGCUCGACGAGGAUCAUGAGUUAUUGUUAAAAAGUUGUAUACCCUUACUGCAAAGUCGAAACAGUGGAGUGGUACUUGCAGUGGCACGUUUAUUCUAUCACCUUGCUCCUGCAGCCGAAGCUCAAAAGAUUGCCAGGCCCUUAGUUCGGUUAUUACGAAACCACAGAGAAAUGCAAUACGUUGUGCUGAAGAAUAUUGCUAUAAUGGCUACUUCAAGACCUUAUCUGUUUGAACCAUAUAUCCAGCAGUUUUACGUUCGCUCCGCCGAGCCUGUGUUCAUUCGCGAUAUAAAACUCGAUAUUUUGACCAGCAUCUGCAGCGAAUCCAAUAUUUACACGCUACUCAACGAAUUCCAGCAAUAUGUCAAAAGUCCCAACAAAGAUUUUGUGGCGGCCACGAUCCAAGCUAUAGGCCGGUGCGCAACCAACGUAUCUGCUGGAACCGAUCGGUGUAUGCGUUUGCUGAUGAAGCUUUUACAUAGCACCAAUGAGCUUGUUGUGGCGGAAUCUGUCAUUGUGGUGACACGAUUAUUGCAAACAUGCAAUGAAGAUCGCUUAAAAUCUGUUAUCGCGCUUGCCAAGUUGCUUGACAGUAUCCAUGUACCCAUGGCGCGCGCCAACAUUAUCUGGCUCAUUGGUCAGCACGCCGAAACCCUACCAAAAGUCGGUCCUGAUGUUUUACGACAAGCUGUCAAGAGCUUCAUAGCCGAGACAAACAUAGCCAAACUACAAGUACUCACGUUAUCAGCCAAACUUAUUUGUCUUAACCCAUCACAUCCAACACUCAACACACUCAACCAAUACGUGCUAAACUUGGCAAGAUACGAUCCCAGUUACGACGUACGAGAUCGAGCCCGAUUUCUCCGAGCCCUUACCAUUCCACAACAUAAUCAAGAGCAACAACAUCCUGGAUUAACUGCACUUAAAGAGCACGCUAAGCGGAUCCUAUUUUCUGAUAAAGAGCCGCCAGCCCUUGAAGGCGAAGUGGGCACGGAAUAUAUUAUUGGAACGCUUUCACUACUUGCCAACCAAGCUUUACCGGAUUACGAACCAUUAUCUGAUUAUCCAGAAGAGCAGCCCGAUCCCUCUGUUCGUGAUGUAGAAGAACUCGAAGGAUGGGCCGGUAGCCGCACAAUGGUAUUGGAGCAAGGUUUUGGAAGCGACAGUUUCGAAAGCCGAUACCGUGAUCCGAGCAUGGCAUCGACAGCCCUAUCAGGCAUCGAAGCAACCGGAUUUCAUGGAGGAUAUGCUGGAGGUGCAGCCAAGAAAAAAGGCAAUGACUAUGAUUUGGAUGCUUUCUACGAAGAUACCACAGACGAAUACGAUGAUUCAUCAGAGGAAGAUGGGGACAGUAAUGAAGAAGAAGACAGCAGUGACGAAGAAGACUACACAGACGACGAUGACGAGUCGGAAGAGUCAGAAGAAGAGGAGGAUAGCAGUAGCGGGCCUGAUGAGCAUCAUCAUCCUUCCCCGCCACAGAGGUCAAAAUUACAAGGUUUUUCAUAA